UAUAUAUCUAUAAUGGAAAUAGCUGAGAAGAUAAAUUUUUCAGUUAUUUGCUCAAUAUUGCAAAAAAUAAAAGAUACCAAUAAUAAAGAGAAAAAAUUAAGAUAUAUUGAAGAGUAUUAUAAGUCUUUUUGUAAAUAUCGUGAACAAUUCCGUUUGGAGAAUCACUUAAAACCCGAAGUGGAGGAGGAUGGAAGCAGCAGCUUUUAUUGUGUAUUACGGUGUUUAAUACCCGGCGCUGAUAAAGGGCGACCGUCGUACGGCUUGCAAAUUCCUUCUUUGGGCAAAGUAUAUAUGAAAAUUUUGCAAUUAGGAGCAAAUUCCAGAGAUGCUCAGAUUCUAGAAGCGCGCCGGUUUUCGCCAGUUUAUGGUGAUUACGCCGAAAAGGUUUACAAAGUAUUAAAACCUAGAUGUAAUCGUGAGCCUAGUACCUUUAAAUUGAAAGAAAUUCACGAUAUGUUGGAUGUUAUAGCGAAAGGUGAUCGGUCUGAUACGGAAAAGAUUUUAACUCAGCUCUCAGAAAGAGCAUCAGCUGUUGAACAGAUGUGGUUUAUUCGUUUACUUUUAAAGGGUAUGCAUUUAUCCAUAACGGAUCACCAGAUUCUCAAUGCACUACAUGAACAAGGCAAAGCAUUUAUGCAAUCCUGUCAAAACCUUCUAAUGUUUUGCUGUAAAUUAGCUGACAAUAAGUUGCCUUCCAUUUCAUUAAAGCCGCUCAUACCGAAAUCUGGCGAAGAAAAUCAUCCAGUCAUUAGUAUUUUUGAGCAUAUACGACCGCAAUUGUGUGAAAUCUUCCCUGGUCACAUAGAAACUCUAAUGUUUCAGGACGUUUUAUACUUGGAAACCAAAAUGGACGGAGAACGUUUUCAUAUCCAUUACACGGAGGGAAGUUUUAAAUAUUUCUCACGUAAUGGCAUUGAUUAUUCGGAUAGUUUCGGUGCUUCAUCAGUGAUACCAGGUAAAUUAACUUCCAGGUUGCACUUACUGUUGCCAAAUGAUUUGGAGUCUAUUAUAUUGGACGGCGAAAUGAUGGUGUGGGAUAUUAAUCGUAAAUGUUAUCGUGAGAAAAGCGAAAAUACGGACGUUAAACAUUUAGCCGGCGAUCGUACGUGGCAGCCAUGUUUUAUAGUUUACGAUUUAUUGUAUUUUAACGGCGUAAUAUUGCUGCAAUGGCCGUACAUUAAGAGAGUGUAUAAGUUAAGUACCAUACUUAAGGAAGAAGAGGGCGUUUUGCAAUUAAUGAAGGCGCAGAAAAUCACUGAAGUGGAGCAGUUUAAGAAUUUGUUUCAAAACGCUUUGGACAAACAGCAGGAAGGAGUAGUAAUAAAAAAGCAAAAUGCUACAUAUCGGCCAGGUAUUCGUAAUGGCGGUGGCUGGUACAAACUAAAAGCCGAUUAUUUCGAUGGCUUAACCACAGAGUUUGAUUUGUUGAUAAUUGGUGGCUUUUACAAUCGUCGCCGUAGUUUUACGGAAUCGUUUCUGUUGGGAGUGCUAAAGUAUACUAACGAAAAAGAAUAUGAAGUCUGGAGUGUGGCUAAGGUCAAUAACAAUAUUACUCAACGUGUUACCUUAAGUAAUCUAUUAAAACCGCGUUGGCGUCUAGUCGAAGAAGAACCGCCGCCCAUGUGGUUUCACUAUGAACAAGGGCAUAGCGAUGGACGACCUGAUGUUUGGAUAGAUCCAGUUGAAUCAGUUAUUUUACAAAUUAAGGCAACUGAUUUAAACCAUUCGCCAGCUUUUGCUUUAAAAAUGACUUUACAUUUUCCACGUAUACAAUGUUGGCGCAAUGAUAAACUGUGGAAUGAAUGCUUAACUUUGGAUGAAUAUCAGCAGAUAAGGCAGCAAAAUAGUAUGGGAAAGAGCAUAAAGAAAAUCGUUAAACGUCAAGUCAGUUUAGAGGACUUAAUGGCCAGUCGGGUUAAACGUAAAAAAAUGACAGCAGCACAAAAAAGAAAACUCGGUCUAUUGUCCUAUGAAAGAAAAUUUGACGUUAAUCAGGUUGAGAAAGAAACGAAUGUGUUGGGUGGCUUCAGUGUUUGCAUACUCAGUGCCUCCAUAAAGCAGGGCAUAACACCCGAAUAUUUGAAAAAGAUGGUGAUACAACAUGGUGGCAAGCUAGUUGAAAACCCCUUGCCUGACAAUGCUAACUGUAUAGUAGUGGCGGGCGAUAAAACUUAUCGCGUCCAGUCGUGUGCUGAGAAAUACGAUAUAGUCACAAUGGAUUGGUUUAUGAAGUUUUGUGGAAACCCUCAACAUCCAUUAAGACCCUUAGACAUGGUAGUUAUGACGCAAACACUGCGGCAGAGUUUUUCACAAUUCUACGAUAAGUAUGGUGAUCAUUAUACCGAAAUGUUAAUAUCAACAAAGGAAUUGAAACGUAUUAUGGAUUAUAUGGAAAUAGACGCGAACGAGAGCUUAAACGACAAGGAUUUAAUAGAAUUAGAAAAUAGUCUUUAUAGUAGCGGUAAUAGGGACGGAGAAAAUAAGUCUCCAAAUUUCUAUCGUUUGCAAAACGCCUACUUUUACAGUAACGAUGCGGAAAGCUCGUACACUCAAUUGCUGUUUGAAUGGCAUGGUGGUCAAGUUGUUAACAAUUUAAUAAAUUUACAGGAAAUUCAUUUAAUUUUUAUAAAUACAGCCACAAUGGAUAAAAGUGUUCUAAAUGAUUGGCUAAAGACAACUUUUUCUCAUUUAGUAUCUAAUGUCCGUGUUGUAAACAUUAAAUGGAUUUUGCAUUCACAUAAAGAAAGAAAGUUACUCGAUAUCCAAGAGUACACUUGGCAUGAUUUUUAAUUAGAAAUUCAUCAUUAAAUAUCUUUUUUUAACAAGCGAAAAAUAAUUCCAUAGUAAGCGAUGUCGUAAUGAUUAGAUAAAUUAUUGUAUUCGGCUUUGAUCGAAUACUUUUCUUACUUUUGUUGUAUAUUAAUAAAUAUAUUUCGAAAAUGUAAAUAUGUAAAAAAGAAUGUUCUUAGUGCGUCUCCUUCUCUCUGUAAGAAAAAUUAAUGGAGCUAACAGCCCUUGCUAGCGGAUACAAUAUGAUUUUUCAAUCAGACAGAUAAUGUACAACAACGAGAUAAGAUAUGUCGAGUGUCUUGAAAACGUCACAAGUCUAACGAUACGCACAAAUCUAAGGAUGUGCACAGAAAUGCUCAGAUUCUUACAAGUUGUAACGGGCAAGCAUACGUUUUGUGAUUUUGCUAACAAUUUAAAAUUGUUUGAAAAACGUAUUCUCAUUUUUAUACCAUCCUCCGAAGGAUGGCGAGACACGAGGGGAUGCUUCAGAGACUUGCACAAAGUCUAUGUAUUCUUCAACAAUAUCAAAUACCAAUCAAUCAAUAUCAAUCUGGUCAUUUCGGUGCUUACGUCAGUCGCACUUUGUCUGAUAAGCAUGCGCGUAAUCGCAAAAAUUAAGAUAUCGCUUUCCAGUUUAGCAAAAGCAUUGGAACGCUUUUCAGGUAGAUUAGUAUUGAAAAUCGAUGAAAUCAGUGGAAGAAUAUGUCGCUGAGAACACAUUUGUUUCCAAACGCAAAAAAAGAAAAAAUAUAUCUGUACGAAAGUGGAAAUCCCAAUAGUAUAGAGUAUCGAACUUUCAUGAUACUCUAUACCACUUGGUGGUACAGGAUAUAUUAAGUUAGUGCGGACGUAUGUAACGACAUGGAAAAUUUAAUCCAUCAUAUUUCCAAUGUUGCUGUUUAUCAGGAUAACAUAACAAUUCGGGGAAAGGAUUUGCAACAACACAUGAAAUCGUUAAAGUUAGUUUUUUUUAAUAAGCAAUAGCUUGGACCUGGGUCAUAUUGUUGCAUAUUAACUUGCAACAGUAAAGAACGGGAAUCAGGAAGUUAAUAGUAGCUUCGAAAAUUUGCAAAGCGACCUAUCCUAGAUUAUA